AUGUCCCGCUCCCGCAGCGGCUCCCUGGCCGGCGCGCCCCGCCCGCGGCCCGGCUCCUCGGCCGGCAGCAUGUACGCGGGCGCGGGCGGCUCGGAGCCGCGGGUCUCGGCGUCCCGCCUGCAGGCGCUGCUGCCCGGCCUGCGCGCCAACCUGGACACGCUGUGGGCCGGCAGCCAGCAGGAGGCGCUGCAGGGGCUGAACGAGCGCCUGGCCGGCUACCUGCAGAGGGUGCGGGGGCUGGAGGCGGCCAACCGGGCGCUGGAGGAGGAGAUCGCCCAGGUGCGGGCCCGCCGGGGGGGCGCCGGCCAGCGGGACUGGGAGGCCUGCGAGCGGCCCCUGGCGGAGCUGCGCAAGCAGGUGGAGGAUCUCAACAUGGACAAUGCCAAGCUGCUGCUGCAAAUCGAUAAUGCCAGGCUGGCGGCCGACGACUUCAAAGUCAAGCUGGAGGCAGAGCAGGCCAUGUGCGACAGCGUGCAGAAGGACACCCAGGGGCUGCGCAAGAUCAUGGAGGACACCAACUUCCUGCGCAUGAAGCAGGAGGCGGAGCUGGAGGGGCUCAAGGAGGAGCUCGCCCACCUGCGCAAGAGCCACAAGGAGGAAGCGAAGGCCCUCAGGGCACUGAUUGCUAACUCUGACGUGACCGUGGAGGUGGAUAACCCCAAGAAGCAGGAGCUGAGUGAGAGCAUCGCCCAGAUCCGGAAGCAGUACGAGAAAGUGGCCGAGCAGAACCGGGAAGAUGCCGAGAGCUGGUACAAGGACAAGUUCGACACGCUGUCCCAGGAAGCGAACGUGAACACCCAAGCGCUGGAGGAAGCCAAGAGCGAGCUGAGUGAGCUGCGCCGGCAGCUUCAGGGCCUGGAGAUCGAACGCCAGACCCUCCAGAAAAUGGUGGAUACCCUGCAGAACACUUUGCAGAACACCGAAGCCCGCUACAACGACCAGCUGGCAAACCUCAACCACGUCAUCGCCAAGCUGCAGGAGGAGCUGGCGGCCUGCCGGGCGGACCUGGAGCGGCAGGCCCGAGACUACGAAGCCCUGCUGGAUGUGAAGAGCAAGCUGGAGAAUGAGAUCAGUCAGUACAGCCAGCUGAUUGAGGGAGUGAUUGACAGGCUCCCGAAGGCAGACCAUUAAGAAGGUGGUGGUCACCACCCAGGAGAUUGUGGAUGGGAAAGUGAUUGCGCAGCAAUCGGAGGAAGUAAUUCAGUAAAGAAGCAAAUCUCGAUCUACCGCUGCUGCCUUUAGAGCUCCUUUUAGGCUGCUUAACGAGCCAGGGGUGUGGGUUGCAUUGUCUUCUGCAGAGGUCUCUGCUCUGCGGUGAUUGGAAUCCUGCUGAAUAAAGAUCUUCCAAACACUCUGAAA